AUGGUUGUGCCUUUUGAGCCUGAUUCUGACCAUCUCGCUGCCUGGAAGCCUGAAAGCUGGAAGCAGCGCACGGCUCAUCAGCAGCCCAAUUACCAGGACCAGCAGAAGCUUACGGACGCUGUGGACAUCAUUGCGAGGAUGCCCCCGCUUGUGUUCGCCGGAGAAUGCAGGAAUCUGCAAACAAGAUUGGCCAAGUGUGCCACGGGCGAGGCAUUUCUGAUGCAAGGCGGCGACUGCGCCGAGAGCUUCGCCCAGUUCAGCGCCAACAACAUCAGGGACUCCUUCAGGGUGCAACUCCAGAUGGCCUUGGUUGCCAUGUUCGGAGGUGGUGUCCCCGUCGUCAAAGUCGGCCGCAUGGCCGGUCAGUUCGCCAAACCCAGGUCCGCCGACACAGAGACCUUCGAUGGCACCGAGCUCCCAUCGUACAGGGGCGACAUCAUCAAUGGGCCGGCCUUCACUUCAGAGGCGCGUGUGCCAGACCCCAUGAGACUGGUGCAGGCCUACAACCAGGCAGCAGCCACCCUCAAUCUGCUGCGCGGAUUUGCCACCGGUGGCUACGCUGGGCUGCAGCGCAUGAUGGAGUGGAACCUGGACUUCAUGGGACGCAGCGAUGAGGGGCGCGCAUAUCUGGAUCUCGCCAGGCGCGUGAAUGAGGCGAUCCAGUUCAUGGUGGCCUGUGGUCUGGACAGCCGCACGCCGAUCAUGACAGAGACGGAGUACUACGUCUCCCACGAGUGCCUGCUGCUCGACUACGAACAGGCCCUCACCCGCGAAGACUCAACCACCGGACUCUGGUAUGACUGCUCUGGGCACAUGCUGUGGUGUGGUGAGCGCACCCGCCAGCUGGACGGCGCCCACGUCGAGUUCAUGCGCGGAAUCGCCAACCCCAUCGGCGUCAAGGUGUCUGACAAGAUGGACCCUGGGCAGCUGGUGUCUCUGGUGGCCACCCUGAACCCCGAGAACACUCCAGGCCGCCUCACCAUCAUCGUGCGCAUGGGCGCUGAAAAGGUGCGCGCAAACCUGCCAAGGCUGGUCGAGGCGGUGCGCGACAGCGGCCAGGUGGUCACAUGGGUGUGCGACCCGAUGCACGGCAACACGGAGUGCGUCAACAACUACAAGACCCGCCGCUACGAACGCAUCCGCGCAGAGGUGGAGGCAUUCUUUGAUGUGCACGAGGAGCUGGGCACGGUGCCAGGUGGCAUCCACCUGGAGAUGACAGGCGAUAACGUGACCGAGUGCCUGGGCGGGGGGUCCUCCAUCGACGAGGCGGACCUCAACAGCCGCUACCACACCCACUGCGACCCCCGCCUCAACGCCGAGCAGGCCCUCGAAAUGUCCUUCUACGUCGCAUCCCGCCUCGCGCAGAGGAAGGACAGGUUGGCUGCAGGUGCCAAGCCCACCGCGAUCCUGAAAUGA